AUGCCAAUUGAUACAAGACGUAUUACGGGCCCAGAAACAUCACAAACUCCCUAUUCAUUUUGUAAAGAACCGGAAAAGAAAGCAUUGCUGGAUGAAAACCAAGAAAGAUGGGAUGGAAGAUCACAUGACCAGAUGCGACCCACAUUUCUACGAGCUGGUGUGAUCAGCCAGGCUAAAGGUUCAGCCUAUAUUGAACUCAACAAAACCAAAGUGAUAUGUGCAGUGUACGGACCAAGGGAGAUAACUCGUCGUGAAGAGUUCAGCAUGAAGGGUCAGUUAACAUGUGAAUUUAAAUUUGCCACCUUUUCCUGUCAGCUCCGUCGUCAACAUCAACCUGACAAUCAAGAGAAAGAUCUUUCUAUCCAAUUGUUGGAAGCCCUUGAGCCAGCUGUGUGUCUUCACAAAUUUCCCAAAGCACAAGUCAAUGUAUAUGCCACAGUUCUUGAAAAUGAUGGAAGUGCCCUUGCUGCUGCAAUCACAUGUGCUUCUGUAGCCCUGGCUUAUGCUGGUAUUGAGAUGUAUGAUCUUGUAUUGAGUGCCUCUUUGAGACUAGCUGGAGACAUUGUUCUUCUUGAUCCUUCUGAAAAUGAGGAAUUUAAGCCACAGAUGGAUCUGCAAGUGAAUAAUGGAAGCCUGACUGUAGGGUACAUGCCUUCUUUGAACCAAAUCUCAGCACUCACCUCGAGUGGAGAGUGUCAGCUUGAUGUUCUUACAAAGGCUAUAAAACUUUGCAUUGAAAACUGCCAGAAGGUAUAUCCAGUCAUCCAACACUGUUUAAUGAAAUCAAAAAAUCUUGAGGAAUAA